CUUUCUCAUUCUCUCUCCUAUUUCAUUUCUUGGCUACCAGUUGCGUAUAUAUGGUGCAGAUGUUUUUCUUCUAUAUAUGUAUAUAUAUGUGAAAAGUCAGCGACUUCGCCAUUGUCUCUCUAGCUGGAUCGAUCCCUUACUUCGUUCCAUUCUGGUUUUUGGGUUCCUAUUUUCAGACCAAAUUAAAGUUCUGAUCUUGAGAGUAGAGAGAAGAAGAAGAAGAAGAAGAAGAAGAUCGAUUGGUGGAUUCUCUGUAGCUUCUUCAAGAACUGUGCCCUAAUUAAUUUGGAGGGGAGAGCCUGGAAAUUCUGCAUGUUCAUUGCGUCUGUCCGGUGCAAUCAUGUCAAACUGAAUCCAAGUCAAAUGAGACAGUGCCCUCAUUAAUUAUGUGCAGUUACUUCCCGAUGAAGAGGAUGGAGAAUUACCAGGGAGAUUUGAACGACGUGAUACGAGGAAGCACUGUAGGCGGCGACGUAGCACCGGCGGCGGCGUCUCAGUUCGAGUGGCAGUUUCCGAUCAAUCAGAUUACGUACUGCACCGAAGAAUUCGGCGAUCCGUUCGUUCAAUUGAGAGAUCCACUUCUUCAUGACAUCGACACUACUCCACUGCCUGCAGGAUUCUUCCACAGCAAUUCUAACAUCAUCGGAGAAAGAGGAAGCUUCGGAGACUUCGCCGCCUCCAAUAGUAACGUCGACGGUGGUAUGAACACCCUCGACGACGAUGCGAUGAAAAGGCCUUCGAAUAAUAUUUUCUCGAGGGUGUUGCAGAUCUCUCCCACCUCAAAGGCUCCGGCGUCGGAAUCUCCGGCGGCGGUUGCGUCUUCCACCAGAGCCAUGAAGAGUGCAGCAGCAGCUCCUGUUCUCCUGUCUGCAGCAGGCGAUCAAUCAUUGACGAACACAUCCAAAGGUUGCUUAAUGGAGAGCCCUGCAGGUCUGCAGAUCUCGUCUCCGCGAAACACGGGCAUCAAGAAAAGCAGGAAGGGCCAGGCAAAGAAGGUUGUUUGCAUACCUGCUCCAGCACCUGCAAACAGUAGGCCCAGUGGCGAGGUUGUCCCCUCAGAUCUCUGGGCGUGGCGGAAAUACGGACAGAAACCCAUUAAAGGUUCGCCAUAUCCGAGAGGUUAUUACAGAUGCAGCAGUUCGAAAGGAUGCUCGGCGAGGAAACAGGUGGAGCGGAGCCGAACCGACCCGAACAUGCUGGUCAUCACCUACACUUCGGAGCACAACCAUCCAUGGCCGACCCAAAGAAAUGCCCUCGCCGGUUCCACCAGGUCCCAGCCAUUCAAGCCCACCAAGAAGGCCUCAAACCCCAGGGACGAGGACCAGAAGGAAACCGCAGCCGAUCAAAACGGCGCGGCGGCGUCUGCAAUCGCAGUGAAAGAGGAGACAGAAUUGGACAAUCAAUUGGAAAUGGAGGACGCCGCCGACCAUUUCGACGAAGGGUUUCCGAGCACCUACAUGGCCAUGGAAUCCAACCUGUCCGAAGACAGCUUCUUCGCCGAUUUGGGGGAAAUCGAAGGCGAUCAUCACUCUCUGGAGAUGCUGUUCGCGAAUGGAGAGGACAAGUGUUUGGAUUCGUUCGGGUUCUAUGAGUGGGCCGUGGGGAAUAGCAGCGUUAAAUAUUCCGCCGCCGGCACGGCGACUUCUCCCGCCGCCGGCGCCACCGCGUCUGCUUAUACUGAAGCAAAAACUAGGGAUUCAUGACACAAACAAACAGACGACAGUGAGUGAUCAGUCAGAACUCAGAGAAAGACAGAAUCCAAUACUUAAAUGUGGCAGCCACUUUCAUUCCAUGCAUCAUCUCAGUUUUUUUCACGUGGGGAAGAUCACUAUUCAUAAUUAUUUCUUCUUCUUUUCUUUCAUUCUAGUUUAGCAGAGGCUGGGUCGGUCGGUUGGUUGGUUGGUUCGUUGUUAAUUACAAUAAUACACACUGAAUCCAUUAAUUAAGCACACAGCAAGUUUUACCAUGCAAAUUAUAUAUAUGUGUGUGUGUGUGUUUUUAGAUUUAGAGAGAGAAAGGGAGAGUAUCUGUAUGAUUAAUUAUUAAUUAUGUAGCUAGCUAGGCAGAAUCUUGGUGUUAAUUAAUAAAUUGAUUGAUUAG